GUGUGUCUGUCUCCAUUGCCUAGUUACUAGAGGUGCUCAAAUAUAGCAGGCAUACAAACAGGUGAAAAGAAAAAACAAAAGACGAACUCAUGAGAUCUGGGACUGCAGAUAUCCACAGCUCAGAUCUGAAUCUCCUCGCUGCUUGCUUUUCCUUCUUGCCACUCAACGUGGUUUAUUUUAAAAUCUGAAGUUUUUAAUGAUGACUGCACGGAAAUAUAUCGGUCAACGGCUUCGUCUCUUUCCAGCGGCUUUGUGACAGACCAAAAAGCUUCCUCCUCGGGAAAGAUGAAGGCAGCUGCUGUGGGACUUUCAGGCCAAGAUUGCCAGGAUCAGCUGAAGCUGCCACGCAUCAUUUGGACCAACCUCGUCUUCCAGGUUCCCCAGCGUAAGAUCCCAUCCGAAGUAACAACUAGAAAAAUCAGGAGGCAAGACAGAAAUUUGACAGCGGCAUCCAAACAAGGUUUCAGGAGUGACGAUGGAAUCAUAACAAAAAAAGAAGAGAGAAGGAAUAUUGCUGCCCCUCGGUCAGGUUGCAGUCGAGAAGAUGCGUCACUAGAUGGUCAAGUGUCUUCACUACCUGGAUCUCAAGAUAGGAGUCCACCACUUUUGCCAGCCCCCAAGACCUUGAUCACCUCCGAUAAGCAGCCCCGCCGAAAGAUCUUAGUUGACCUUCGACCCCUCCUGGAGAACGUCAUGGAUCCCCUGGACUCUUGGGAAAAGAAACCAUUGAAGAAGCAGCCGCUGCAGGAGAGGUGUCCUUCUUCCGCCUCUGGUGCCUCCAGAGAUGAAGGUAACUUGGAAGGAGGAGGUGAAGAUCAGGCUACCAAAACGCCUGCUGAUUUCCCCAAGGAUCGUGAGAUUCCCAGAGUUCAUCUCUUUUUGCCUCCUGUUGGAGCCUCCAAGCUUUACAGGAAGAAAAUCAAGAUCUCCAGAAGAACCAUUUGGGCACCUCCGAGAGAGUCAACACAGCUUCGGAAAAUCACCUUGCCUCCCAUCCAUGCUUUCCAACCACAACCACAGCUCCAAAUGCCACUUGCCUUCUCCAAGACUAACCUCCAGAACCAUGUUCCACUCCAGGAAAAGAGACACGGAGAACCAGGAGGACCAGAAGGAGCGUCUUGGGGGCCGCCCACUGCUUCCUCACCGGAUUUCCAACUUCCCACCCAACUGCUUUUGCAAAAGCUGCAGGAAACUACAACUAGUAACAACCAUCUGCUGAUUGCAAAAGUCCUGCGUUCUUUGCGGGAAGAGCUGCUGGGGAGCAAUGCAUGUGAAUCAGAUCAAAGUUAUUCCAGCAGCCACCUCCAGUCCCAUCUUCCAUUGAUUAUCCUGGACCUGUUGUUCCAUCAUCCACUGGCUGGCUGGCCCUGGCACACAAUGCCCACAGGGGAGAAGCAGAAGGACGUCCUGGAGCUUCCUCGGAUUCAGUCCUGGAAACAUGGCAAAACAGACAUGGGAGAGAAGGCAUUUGAUGUCACUGAUAUGGAGAUGGCCAAGAACAGGUUAAUUAGAUUGAUCAGGAAUCACAACAGCUUUCCUCAAGGCACAGGUGUGUUACAGGUGGACCCAGGACCUUGAGCCGCUACCUUAGAAGAAUCCUGCUGGAUUAAGACAAAAAAAAACCCACCCCUUUCGGGGCCUGGAUUCCCAUAGAAACACAUUCAAAGGUUGGAAAACAAUAACCUGUACCCAAUUCCUGCUAUGAUCAUCAUUUAACGACCCCAUAAUCCCUUGCGGGGUGGAGUCUGGGCAACUGAAUAGAGCUACCAGUGUUUAGUGGCCGGAUGCCUUUCCUGUCGCCAAUGCGGAGCUUUGAUCAGCAGAUAUAUUCUCAUUGUGCCCAGAGAGAGAAAUAUUUUAGAUAGCAGUUCCUGCUUUGAUGAAAUAUUAAAGUAAUUUGGCUUUGGAUGGGCUAAUCUCUGCAAAGACUGUAAAUAUGAAAAACGGUUGUAAGCAGUUGUGGGCUGCUGGGGGUUCGCAGGGGUUCAGGAGAACUUCUAGCUAAGAUUCUGUGCAGUUCAGAGAACCCCCAAAUCCCACUCCUGGCUGGCCCCGCCCACCCCGCCCCUCCCAGGAGUC